UGAUCUAUUUUCUGGGAAUCCUGGAAGUCAUUGGAGCGUGUGAAUGUUUGAAGGGAACCCAGGUCUCUGCCACUUUGCUUGAAUUACUACCUGGUUAAGCUCUAACAUGCUAAGACACCCAUAAUACCUUUAUGUAACGAUUGAGUCAGCCGAAUGUAGGUUCUAAACACAACAAACAUUUUCUCUAUUCAAGUUGGUGUCAAGUUAUAAAGUGAACUGAUGUAUUGUCCUGAACCCAGGAAGUUGAGCUGCUGAGAACGCAACUGUAGGCCUGUCUAGAAAGUCAUUCAGGACGUCACAACUGUAGGCCUAUCUAGAAACUCAUUCAGGACGUCACAACUGUAGGCCUAUCUAGAAACUCAUUCAGGACGAAAUCACUGCUAUCUAAUGACAUGCCUUCCAGAGACUACGCAACAUUGAAAGACGAGCUUUUAAAACAAGGCCGACUUUUUGUGGACCCUGACUUUCCGCCCGACACCUCAUCUCUUUAUACUGACGGCACGCCAAAGCGAGGCAAUGCGCCCCCUGGUGAGAUCGUUUGGAAGAGGCCAAAGUCACUUGUGAAAAAACCGGAAUUUAUCGUCGAUGGUGUAGAUAGAAAUGACCUUGACCAAGGUGAUCUAGGGGAUUGUUGGUUCAUAGCUGGCGCUGCAGUUCUAGCUAUCAAUCACAGGAAGCAGUUUGAAAGGGUUGUUCCCCUUGAUCAAGGUUUUGACAAAGCCAAUUACACAGGAAUGUUUCGCUUUAACAUUUGGUGGUAUGGAGACUGGACUGAAGUUAUCAUUGACGACUUCUUACCCUCCAUUCAAGGGAAUCUAAUCUACUGCCGUAAUAAUGAAACUUACAAUGAGUUCUGGCCUUGCCUUUUAGAGAAAGCUUACGCAAAGCUACAUGGAAGCUACGAAGGACUGGAAGGCGGCUUCACUCAAGACGCUAUGGUUGAUCUGACUGGAGGCAUUUCAGAGUUCAUCGACUUGCGGGACAAGAGAAAAAUACCCAGCAACUUGUUCCAGCUGUUAGAAACCUCGUACAAGAUGAAAACUUUGAUGGGGGCAGCCAUUUCACCUCCAGAAAGAGCUUCAAGCAAUGAAGUACAACUGUUGAAUGGCUUAGUUGGGGGUCAUGCUUACAGUAUCACUGGAUUUAAAGAGAUCCAGCUACGACCAGCUAGAGUUGAGUUAGUACGUCUGAGAAAUCCCUGGGGGCAUGGCGAGUGGAAGGGAGCCUGGAGUGACCACUCGCCUGAAAUGAAACAACUAUCACGUGAUGUUAGGGAAAGCUUGAUGUUUCAAGACAAAGAUGAUGGAGAGUUUUGGAUGAGUUUUGAAGACUUCAAGAGAAACUUUGACAAACUUCAAUUGUGUCACCUCCAGCCCGACGCCGUGAUACAAGAACUGGAGGACAAUACAGACAAACAAAUGUGGUAUAUGAGUAUAUAUCGAGAGUCUUGGAGACCUGGACUCACUGCUGGGGGCUGUGGUCGAGCUCCAUCUCCACAUCUCAUGUGGAGAAAUCCUCAGUUCUUUGUCACCUUUGACCCACCUAACCCAGAGCAUCGAAGUACAAUGAUAGUCUCACUAAUGACUAAACAGUUGGACCUGAAAUCCAGCCUCGCUAUUGGAUUACGACUCUUCAAGCUAAAACAAAAUGGCCGCCUUCCAACAGAUAGAUCUGCUCAACAAAAAGUCCUAAAGAAAUAUUUACAGCCUCUUGAAGGAAGUCCAACUUUCUCAUACGACAGAGAAGUCACCAAACGAUUUAGUUUCAAACCAGGCACCUACGUCAUUAUGCCCUGUACAUACAACCCUGACGAAGAAGGCGAAUUUAUUUUGAGAGUAUUUACCGAGGCUGAGGCUGACAGUGGAACAAUGGAUAAGAUUUUAUUUUCUUUUGAUGAAACUGAUGCUGCAGUUCGAGAUGGUGGAGAGAGCCUCAAAGAUUUAUUCAACAAACAUACAAGCGGUGACCAAACUAUGACUGCCAGAAAUCUGAAAGAAUUUUUGAAUACAGCUGCAGCCAACAAAUUACAGGAGACAGUCAAAUUUCCGCUAGAAUUCUGCAAAAGUCUGGUAGCCAUGGGAGCUAACGAAACACCGAGCUCUCUAACGUUUGACGAUGCCAAAAGGAUCUGGAAGGAACUAAAACUUAUAGUGGAAGUGUAUAAAGAAUUUGACAAAGACAACUCUGAUGCAGUCGAUGCUUUCAAUCUUGUGGCCAUGUUCUCUAAACUAGGCUUACCAGAGAGUGGUGUUUCUUUGAACUGGUCUGUACUGGCCUGUGUUGUUCAACGAUACGGAGGAGAAGAUAACUCCAUCUCAUUAGUGGAUUUCAUCAUGGCAACUUGGAAGCUAAAAUUUGUUUUCAAAACAUUUCAAGAAGAGUCAACUAAAAAAGGUGAAAUUGGCGGCAAUGUGUAUUGGUCAAGAAAUGAGAUGCUGAAGAUGUCUAUGCUAUUGUGAGUCAUCUCAUAAGACAGAUUAAGCAUCUAAAAUUUGGAAACUUAGACAAUCAAAUGUAAAAAAAAGAAAGAGCACUUCCAUAUCAUUUCCCGGUAUUGAUCAUCUUUUUACAAUACCUGUAUUCAAGUCACUCUUUCAUGGAACCUGGAUGGAUGCUAUUCUAACGACUUUACUAUAAAUUUAACAGUUGAUAUAUAUCGCUGCGAAUAGAACUACUUGCUCGUUGGCUAGAAACUCUAGCUUGAAAGUUAUAAUUGUUCAAAAUUAAAAAAUAAAUAAAUGUAAAUUUGGCUAGAGACUAAAUCUAGGUCUAGAUCCAACAUCGGUUUUGAAAGGUCUCUCACGUUCGGGGAUUUCCAAAUGUAAGGCAGUAUUGAGUCAAGAGUAGAAUAAAGUCAAUUUUGCGCAGCCUUCGUAAAGUCCUGAUUUAAAGGCCUAUCAUUGGAAUUAUUCAAUAUAUUACAUCUAGAUGCUAUACUUCUAAAUCAAAACCUUUGUUAGAUCUAGAUGUCCAUAUAAUGAACAUAACAACAAAUAAUGCCCGCUGGCCGAAUCAGAAAAAUCGUACGUUCUAGCAGCUGACGGUGUCAGGGGUUCGAUACACCAAUUGAAUCAAAUGUUGUUGUUCGAUACACCAAUUGAAUCAAAUGUUGUUGUUCGAUACACCAAUUGAAUCAAAUGUUGUUGUUCGAUACACCAAUUGAAUCAAAUGUUGUUGUUCGAUACACCAAUUGAAUCAAAUGUUGUUGUUCGAUACACCAAUUGAAUCAAAUGUUGUUGUUCGAUACACCAAUUGAAU